AUGCUGAACUGCAAGCCUGCUCCUACGCCUGUCGACACGAAGGCUAAGGUGUCCGCCGUCGAGGGCUCUCCGGCGUCCGACGCUCCCUUCUACCGCUCCAUCGUCGGUGCGCUUCAGUACCUUACACUGACGCGUCCGGACAUUCAGUACGCUGUCCAGCAGGUGUGCCUUCAUAUGCAUGCUCCUUGUGACACUCAUUGGGCUCUGGUGAAACGUAUCCUUCGGUACAUACGUGACACCACAGCUAUGGGUCUCACCCUGACGGCAUCACCUGACACCAGCCUUGUCGCCUACUCCGACGCCGACUGGGCUGGGUGUCCCGACACUAGCCGCUCCACUUCCGGCUACUGCGUCUACCUUGGGCCCUCUCUGAUUUCGUGGUCGUCUAAACGACAGCCCACGGUCUCACGAUCGAGUGCCGAGGCCGAGUACAGGGCCGUGGCCAACGCCGUUGCGUAG